AUGCGCUUUCCGGUCGGGAUGCCCCGGGCCGCACCAAUGGGCGUCCAGGGGCGACAGAUCUGCUGGGCCGCAUCGCCCUGCCGCUGCCGGCGCCGCUCGCUCCUGCCCAGGUCGCCCGGAUGGAUUGGCAUCCGCCCCGGGAGCGCGCGCGGGGCGGGCAGCGAGAACCCCGACGCCAUCAAGAGCAUGACCAAGGAGGAGGCCCUGGCGGUGCUGGGGUUGGGAUCCUACACCAAUUUCGAGGACGUGGUGCGGGCCAAGAACCGCCAGCUGUCCGGGAGUGGGGUGGACGAACAGAAGCAGCAAGAGGUCGAGGCAGCCUACGACUUGCUGUUAAUGAUGAGCAUGAGGAAGAGGGUGACUCAGGGCGAGGCAGUCCCGACCAGCGUACGAUUUGCUGACGUCCCACAGCAGCCUAACCCUGCCGAAAAGGCACAAGAAUUCCUUCGCCAACUGCCUGCGGGUGGCGUCAGUAUACAGGCUCCCACGCAAAGCGGACUGGUCAACAACGCGCUGGUUUUUGUGCCUUUGGUGACCUGGGCAUUUCUACAGGGGCUGAUAUUGCCUGAAGACUUCCCAGGUGACAUUGUCCCUGGCAUUCCUAUUGCGAUUGGAGCGAUCUGGACGCUCUACUCCUUCAGGGAAUACAGAAUCAUGAAGAUGGGCAAGGCAUUUGGCUACACCUGUGCCAGCCUUUUGUUUGGCGCUGUGAUCGGCGGCUUGCUCGAAUCUUUGGUCAGGGUGGAUUUGCAUCCUUUGGGGGCCUUUCAUUCGCCCACCACGUUCGUUGGCGAGUUCGCACUGUUGAGUUUGUGGGCUUCUGCAACGUUGCUUGCUUGA